AUGGCGACCACGAUUUCACAUGACGAACCCCAAAAACCUGACCGACAAGACAGCCAAGACGCAACCCUCAAAGAAAUCCGAACCACGGGCGGCCUCCCACAUCUCGAAACUCGAGAAACAUACUGCCAUCCAGGUUUCCGCGGUCUCUUCACAAGCUACUACGUCGCACUGUGCGCGGCUUUCUCAGCAAUCGGAGGUCUACUUUUCGGCUACGAUCAAGGCGUCGUCUCCGUAAUUCUGGUCGAACAACAAUUCCUACAACGCUUCACACGAAUCGCCGAAGGCUCUGGGUCGGCGGGAUUCUGGAAGGGUUUGUUGACGGCGAUGAUCGAGUUGGGUGCUUUGAUCGGAGCGUUGAAUCAGGGUUGGAUCGCGGAUAAGUAUUCGAGAAAGUAUUCGAUUGUGAUUGCUGUGGUGGUAUUCACGGUUGGGAGUGUUUUGCAGACUGCGGCUAUGGAUUAUGCUAUGCUUGUUGUGGCGAGGUUUAUUGGUGGUCUUGGGAUUGGUAUGCUCUCCAUGGUUGCGCCACUUUACAUUUCUGAGAUCAGUCCACCUGAGAUCAGAGGAUCUUUGCUUGUGCUCGAGGAGUUCUCGAUUGUGACUGGGAUUGUCAUCGCUUUUUGGAUUACUUAUGGUACUUACUACAUGGCCGGAGAAUGGGCCUGGAGACUGCCAUUCCUCCUUCAGCUUAUUCCCGGAUUCGUUCUCGGCAUAGGAAUCUUAUUUCUACCAUUCUCGCCACGCUGGCUCGCAUCUAAAGGAAGAGACGAAGAAGCCCUUCUCAAUCUUGCUAAGCUACGUCAGCUGCCACCAACGGACCGUCGUGUCCAGCUAGAAUGGUUCGAUAUUCGUGCCGAGGUCGCACUUCAUAAAGAGAUCAGUACUGAGAGGCAUCCAAAGCUGCAAGAUGGAUCCAAGACGAGUCGCUUCAAGCUUGAAAUCGCUUCUUGGCUGGAUUGCUUCAAGCGAGGUUGCUAUAGACGUACACAUGUUGGUGUUGGAAUCAUGUUCUUCCAGCAGUUCGUUGGCAUAAAUGCCUUGAUCUACUACAGCCCAACGCUCUUCGAAACCAUGGGUCUAGACUACAACAUGCGCCUCAUCAUGUCCGGUGUCCUCAAUUGCCUCCAACUAGUGGGCGUGACUUCCUCGCUCUGGACCAUGGACCGUUUUGGACGAAGACCUUUGCUCAUGGCAGGCAGCGCAGCAAUGUUCGUCGCUCACCUCAUCAUCUCCAUCCUCGUCGGCAAAUUCUCCGGAAAUUGGCCUGCGCACCGCGCAGAAGGCUGGGCUAGCGUUGCAAUGCUCUUUUUCUACAUGAUCGCUUUCGGAGCUUCUUGGGGUCCGGUACCUUGGGCCAUGCCUGCUGAGAUCUUCCCCUCGAGUCUCCGGGCCAAAGGAGUGGCGCUCUCGACGUGCUCUAACUGGUUUAACAACUUUAUCAUCGGGCUCAUUACACCGCCUCUGGUGCAGAAUACUGGGUAUGGAGCUUAUGUGUUCUUCGCGGUGUUCUGUUUGUUGAGCGGUGUGUGGACGUUCUUUUUCGUUCCGGAGACGAAUGGCAAGAGCUUGGAGGAUAUGGACAGAGUCUUUAAGGAUAUUAGUUCCGAAGCUGAAGAGCACAGACGUGAGAGGAUCGAGAGGGAAAUUGUGGCUAGGACGGAGGUUUCUGCUGCACCUAAGGUCUAG